GCUCAAAGUGGAAAGUUUCCUGACCAUUUGCGAGUAUUUUAAUGAUUGUUGAAUAAUGAUGGACAGUGAAUAUUUCACAAUAACUCAGCCUAAGAGUAUUCUCGAUUUGCCGGAAGAUUUCUUCUUGGAAUACUUGUCGAAAUACCUUGAAAUCCCAGAACUGUUCAAUUUUCGAUGUUGCUCCAGGAUGUGCAGAGAUUUGGUAGAUCAGAUGCUUACACGGCGAAAGCGACUCUGUAUUGAAGAAGAUAGUACUCAGAAUAAUAAAUGGGAGACAUCAUUCCGGGUGAUUUCCCGGAAAUGUAGGAUGCUCAGAGAGAUUCAUCUGAUAGGUUUGCCUUGGCUCACGGAAGAUCUACUUCUUGAAUUCCUGAACAACAACACAGAGUUGGAGAUCUUCAGUCAUCACUUGUGUUUUAAGAUAACUUCCAGUGGUCUUCAUCCACUUGCUGUAAAUUGCAAGAAACUCCAUACCUUGCAUUUAUCUGGUUUAGCAGUUUGUGAUGGUUUUCUGCAGACUCUGAAUAUGCACAAUAAUCAUCUUGUGGAUGUUAGUUUAUCGCUCUAUUGUCUCUCUGAAGCAAUUCUCUGUGACUUUUUCAAGACGCAAAUCCAUUUAAGGAUAAUCCAUUUGUCGCAAAAACAUUUUUGCAAGGAGCAUUCCCCUGUUCUCGGCACAAUCGCAGAGUAUUGUAAGGACUUGGAGUACUUAGACAUUCUGGAUCUAGAUCGAAGUGAUGAUGAGGCAGUUUUGAAAAUUGCUAAAAGCUGCCCCAAAGUCACUCACAUCGUUUUGAAUCCAGAUGAAUUUUGUGAUGGCACUAUCGAGUUCCUUAAAAGCAGGAAAAUUGAUAUAGAACAGAAAGUGGACAUAUUAUCAUCCCACAGAUACGAUACAUUCUAUUAGAGUCGGUAGAUAGAGCUCUGACAAAAUUUCUCUCUUUAUGCCAAAUUCUCUUUGCUGAACAGCUUUAACAAAAAAUCUGUCCCUGGUGUCUCUGCAUAUUAUCCUGGGAUGCACAGCACAC